AUGAGCCACGCAACGACGGAUACCGUGGAGCAAGAGGACAGCCACGCUGGGUGUUUCUCUGACAGCGUUGGCAUGCAGACUUAUUCGUUAAACACCAGCUUAGGUGCGAUGCACAUCAUGAGCCGAAUAAACAACGAGAUGAGUAUGGUCGAGGAUGCCGCGUCGGGCUCGUUUGGCGUGGUGAAGAAGGGGGUACUUGACCUUGACCAGCAGUGCUACGCAGUCAAGCAGACGAAACGGAUAAUAUGCAGUGAAAGCGAUCUCCAGCAGCGGCUGCAGGAGGUUUACGCCUUGAGUGCAUGUAGUCACCCUAACGUCUUGCGUUACUUUGAUGCCUGGGUCGAAGCCAGGGCCGUUUUUCUGCGCACAGAGUGGCUCCCAAACGGCUCGGUGGCAGAGUUUGAGAGGCCGUUGUCAGAGGCGCUUCUGCGCUCCGUGAUACACCAAAUAGCGUCUGCUCUACACUGGCUCUGGUGUCAUCACAUUACCCAUAGAGACGUGAAACCAGAGAAUAUUUUGGCGCGAAAAUUGGAGGACGGCACGUACGCCUUCAAACUCGCGGACCUUGGCCUUGCACGUCCUCUCUUUAAGGAUCGCCCAGGGACGGGCGAAGAGUUCUGUGGGACAAACGACGACGAUGGCGACCCGCGCUACCUUUCUCCGGAGGCCUUCACCCUCCCCGAAUUUGCACAGCAGAAGGGCGAGGCGGACGUGUAUGCGUUAGGCGCCAGCUGCGUGGAGCUGAUGGGCGGUGACCCGGCGCUUGUUCGCACUGGCAACUAUACGGGGAAUUUUGGCAUGUACAGCCCCGAACUACAGCAGCUAGUGCAGUGGAUGACACAUCCCGAAACAACCGAGCGCCCGGACACCUUUACGGUGGCGCUGUUGACGGUGGAUCCUGCCCUACAAUCUACGGAGGAGUUUGCCUUGCGAAAGUCGGCAAUUGAUGACCUUCGCGCGUCCGUCGCGGAGCUUGAGAAACAGGUUGCGAACGCAAACAACGACGACAAAGAGCAGUAG